AUUACCAAAACAAGUUGUUUCGACAAUUUUUGAGAAAAUGUCGUUCUUAGAACGUGUCCCAGUGGUAGUUUCAGCAUUAUUAAAGAGAAAUAUUAAAUUUUCCACUUCUGCAAUAGCUUUACAAAGUGGUAAGAAGAGACCUAGAAAAUUUGAGGCUCCUAUAGAAGUCAGUGAUAAACUGACAGAUGAACACAUUUUUACAUCAGAGCAUAUAGAAUUAAGAAGGACCUUAAGAAAAAUAAUUGAAAAAGAAAUCAACCCUUAUGUGGAAGAAUGGGAAGAAAAAGGAAUUUUUCCAGCUCAUCACGUGUUUAAAAUUUUGGGAAAUGCUGGCUUCUUAGGGGUUAACAAACCAACUAAAUAUGGAGGACUUGGCCUUGAUUUCACAUAUACUACUGCAGUGCAUGAAGAAAUGGGAUUUAUCAAAUGUGGUGGUAUUCCAAUGGCUAUUGGAGUGCAAUCAGAUAUGUGUACACCAGCCUUAACAAACUUUGGAAGUGAUGAAUUGAAGCAGGAAUUCCUUGCACCUAGUAUUGCUGGAGAUUUAGUUGGAUGUUUAGGGGUAAGUGAGACUUCAGCAGGUUCGGAUGUGUCCAACAUAUCGACGAAAGCUGUCAAAAAAGGAGAUAACUAUGUAAUUAAUGGUGGCAAAAUGUGGACGACAAAUGGUGAGCAGGCAGAUUGGAUGUGUUUGUUGGCAAAUACAAGUGAAGGCCCAAAUCCACACAUGAACAAGAGUCUGAUAAUCGUUCCGAUGAAGACAGAAGGCAUAACGGUAAUGCCAAGAUUAAAAAAGUUGGGCAUGUCUUGCUCAGAUACAGUGCAGACCUUUUUUGAAGAUGUAAUUGUACCGCAAAAGAAUCGUAUUGGUGAGGAGGGGAUGGGAUUUAUUUAUCAAAUGAAACAGUUUCAAGAUGAACGUUUGGUUGGUUCAAUACUUGCUAUGACAAUGGUUGAAAAUCUAGUUCAGCAGACAGCAAAUUAUUGCUCGACUCGCGAGUUAUUUGGAAAAGCUCUACUCGAUAAUCAAGUGGUCCACUUUCGUCUGGCCGAGAUUUUGACGGAGAUUGAAUUAUUAAGAUCCUUGAUUUAUAGAGCUGCAGGCAAAUAUGCUCAAGGAAAAGAUGUGACUUUGCUAGCCAGUAUGGCGAAAUUAAAGGCUGGCAGAUUAUCUCGUGAAGCAAUUGAUUCUAUGUUGCAAUUUUGGGGCGGUAUGGGUUACACGGAUUGUGAUGUCAGUCGUGCUUUUAGAGAUGGGCGAUUGUUGUCUAUUGGUGGAGGUGCUGAUGAAGUUAUGCUUAGUAUUAUAUGCAAGUUUAUGGAUACUUUGCCGACAAAAUUAUGAAACACUUUUUUACAAUUUCGGUGAUACUUAAAGAAAGUCAACUAUUCUCUUAAAUCGAAAUGAACUUUGAAGACAUCUUGCCAAUAUGCGAUUUUAGAAAACUACAAAAUAACCUCAUUCAAAAAGAAAAAAAAGAUCUUUUUCAAGUAAAGUUUUUUAUAAUAUAUAUAAUUUUUUUUUGAAUUUUAAUUCAGAGAAAAUGCUUUGUCAGCAUAAUCUUGUUUAACUCUGCUGUGAUACAUUGUAUCAGAUAAUACAAAAAGCGGUUUUAAAGAGUUUUAAUAAGCAUAUUGUGUACAUAAAGCCAGUUUAUAUAUUUUAACCACGCAGUACCAAUAACUAGAUCUUUAGAAUCACCUGGGAAGAUACAUAAAGAGAUAGAGACAGCCGAGAGCAUGCGCGCGCGAGGUCGAGGAUGAAGUAUGCACCCUAGGCCUUUUUCUAAAAAAAAUGUUGACUAUCGCUUUCUUAAAAAGCUAAUAGAAAUUCUUUAUUUUGUUUCCACCCAAAAUAAAUUCAGAUUGUGAGGAGUCCCGUAGUUAUGGCUUCCUUCAAAGUGGGUUCAUUUUGUGUUUGAUUCGAGGUCCUACAGGGUAAGGUUACUUGCCUAAAACUGUCGGUUACUGUUCUUCUUAAUGUUCGGAGCUCGAGAACUUUUACGCAAAACAAAAUGCUUGGUUUGGUUGCCGAGACUUUUUAGCUAGAAAAUGUUGUAUAGUUUAAUUAGCUAGUUUAAUUUUUUUACACUUAAUUGGAAAAA